AUGGUUGAGGCAUUUGUAGGAUUCAAGUUCACAUCCCUGUGGCCGAUUCGCUUAGAUGGGUAUAGCAUUCCUGCGGUCAACUUCGAUGUUUGGGGUGUGAAUCGUGGAGUGGCAGCCGCAGCCCCUGCCCGCUCUUUGCUCGUCGUCGCCUGCUUCGAAGCACCUCUGGAAGUCGAGGACAAAGUCACCGAGUCGGAUCUCAUCGGAGCGUCCAGUGUUCGGGCACGGCUCCGGCCCGGGCCCACGAAGGGACCAUGCAAUGCCCUUCAGCGGAGCCAACGACAAUGGCAGGUUCCCGCACAAGAUCGUCCUGCAGAGCAAAGAGCGAUCUUGGCUCCUGUUCCGGAGGAACUUGGAAGCAACCUUAGCCAAGACAACCGGCAGGUGGUCGAAGAGACUCAGGAACACUUGCCUACACAGAGACCAGCGGAACAGCCGUGUGCGGCAACUUCUCAGGUGCUAACAACACCAGCUGAAGGCCCGGAAGGUCCCGCCAUUACUCCCCCACAGGCCGAGGUCAGACGCAUACCAUCAGAGCGCUUAGAGGGCCCACCAGUCAUCCCUCCGCAAGAGGAAGCACCAGAAGGAGCAGCGUGGGAUCCGCCGGACAUGGAGGCUGGAGGGACUCUACAUUUGCCUCCCAUGCGUACAGCUUUCCCUCCAUGGUAUGGCGGUGGCACGCCGCAGUGA